GGAAGAGGAGGGACAGCUUCAACGGUGGGGUUAGUUCUCGCUUUUAUUCACUCCCGUGUUGAAAUCGGUUCUUAUUUUGGAGUUUAUUGAGGAACCUUGGAAGAUUCUGAGGGAAUUUCCUGCCCUUCACCAGAGAGCUUCCUCAAACAGCCGACAAAACUUCCCCUUACCAGUCUGAGCUGCUGCCUGCUCAGUCUGGCCGGGUCUCUCCAUGCAGCCGGUCAUCAGCGUGUGGGUUCGCGACCCUCGGAUACAGAAGAAUGACUUUUGGCACGCAUACAUCGACUAUGAAAUCGGCUUACAUACCAACAGUGUUUUCUUCACCAAGAAGAUCUCUAUUGUGAGGAGGAGGUUCAGUGAGUUUGUCUGGCUCCGACAGAGACUCCAGGCCAACUCCAUGUUAAUGAUUAGUCUCCCGCCGCUGCCCCCGAAAAACCCUUUCUUUAGCCUGAACAACGCCAAGCAGAUCGCGGAAAGGAUACAAGGCCUUCAGAAGUUCCUGGAACAGAUUGUGCAGAGUCCACUGCUGCUGUCCGACAGCUGCCUCCACCUCUUCCUCCAGUCUCAGCUCAGCAUCUCGAAAAUGGACGCGUGCGUGGCCGGAAGGACUCACUUUUCAGUGGCCCAGGCCGUCCAGUGCUGCACUCUCAGGAGAUUUCAUUUCGAGGACGACUUGCCAAAUGACUCCAGCUUGUCAUGUGACUGUGACUCAGAUAGCUUCGAGAGUCGGGAUCCAGACUCUGAGAUUAAAGCCUCGUCUGUGGACAUAACAGGAAACACGCAUUCUCUGGAUGUCAGUGGCCCCAGUCAAGAAGAGGGCUCACUCUGCUGCUCUUUUGAGUCCACAUGAUCAUCACGUUCCUGCCAAAACCUUGAACAAUGCACACUUUUUCUUGCUGUUACCAGCGGCUCAUGCACUUUUGUCCGUGUCUUUUCGAUCUGCAUUGCUUUGUGGGUUUCUGUACGAUAAGAUAUCGACAAAUCAGAUACGUAACCUGUGUUGUACAUAAAAUAUAUGUAACGCCGCACUCCUGAGGAGUUUGACGAUCCGCCAGUAGGUGGCAGUGUUGUAACACUCAAAAGAGCGCUGCACGUGAUAAUAUUGUUGAUGUGUUUUGCAUUAAAAAUGAGCUGUAAACAAAGAAUUGUGUUGCCAAUAAAACCA